GUCAUUCCUCAGCAUCUCUUCAUCUCAACUGAGCUUCAAUUCUCUCAGCUCCUGCUGUUCCUCGCCCCUCUCCCACUACAUCACCUCUCCACGCCGUCACCAUGACAGGCUUCGAUUUCUCCAACUACAACCGUAACGCGGCGCUCCACGCGAAGGGAGUUCCUCUCCCCAAGGCCACCAGUACCGGUACAACCAUCGUGGGAUGUAUAUACGACAAUGGCGUUGUGAUUGCAGCAGAUACCAGAGCCACAAGCGGCCCGAUAGUAGCAGACAAGAACUGCGAGAAACUACACUACAUCGCGCCCAAGAUCUGGUGCGCGGGAGCCGGAACGGCCGCGGACACCGAGUUCACGACGGCGUUGAUCAGCUCGAACAUCGAACUGCACUCACUUUCGACGGGCCGGCCCCCACGCGUAAUCACCUGCAUGACGAUGCUGAAGCAGCACCUAUUCCGAUACCAAGGCCACAUCGGCGCCUACCUAGUCGUGGCAGGUGUCGACCCCACCGGCAUUGGUCUUUUCACCGUCCACGCCCACGGUUCCACCGACAAGCUUCCCUACGUGACCAUGGGAUCUGGUUCCCUGGCCGCGAUGUCCGUGUUCGAGUCGACAUGGAAGCCGAACCUGGACCGUGAGGGUGCGAUCGCCCUGUGCGCGGAGGCCAUCAAGGCUGGUAUCUUCAACGAUCUGGGAUCCGGUAGCAAUGUCGAUGUUUGUGUCAUUGAGAAGGACAAGCCUACGCAAUUGCUGCGCAACUACAUCAAGCCUAAUGAGCGUGGCGAGAAGGAGCGCAAUUACCGCUUCCCUAAGGGUACUACGGCUUAUUUGAACCAGAAGAUUAUCAGCAAGGAGGAUAUGCGGAAGUAUAUCUCUGUUGAGGAGGCGUCGGGUGAUCCUAACUUGAUGGAGGUGGAUGUCUAAGGGAUGUGUUGUUAUUUGUUGUUGUAACGACUAGAGCAAAGAAAGGUUCUUAUUUACUAUUGGUUUUGUCGGGC